GGCAGGUUGUUAUGGUAACAGUAGCUGCGUUCAGUAAUGGAGGGAGCAGCAACGAUUCACAGCAUUAGACCCAGCCAGCAACACAGGUUCCGGCCAGCUGUGGUGUCCAGCUGUAUCAGGGAGCUGGUAAGGGAGCAACUGGGUGGAGAAAGUUACGACUCAGAGCGCAGUGCUGAGACUGCACAGACGCUCAGCAAGCGCAUCACUGAUCGACUUAAAGAGUUGGGCCUGGACCGGUAUAAGCUGGUUGUGCAGGUUGUUAUCGGGGAGCAGCGAGGAGAGGGAGUGCAGAUGGCAUCUCGAUGUUUCUGGGAUGCAGACACAGACAGCUGCGCCAAAGACGUUUACAUGAAUGAUAGUCUGUUUUGUGUGGCUGCUGUGUUUGGGAUUUAUCAUUACUGAAGAACUGUAGAAGCAGUGGCUUUCUGGAUUGGACAGAGGAGGAUUAGUAUGGCAGGUGGACCAGAAAGGAUUUUACUAUUUAUUAUUUAAGAUUUUGCAUCUCAAUCAUUUUUGGUAAGGGUGAAUUCUGACUUUUUAUAUGAAUGCUGCAGACUGUAAAAAAAAGCUUUAAUCAAGUUGAACUCCUACACUAUUUUAUAUUAAACAUAAAAACAAAAAAAAAUCAAGCUUAUUAUUUCACUUCUACUUCUUUACCUCUACUACUAUCUUUAAAGACUUUCAUUUCAACAUCUGGUGUCUUGUUCUGCAUUUACAUUUCUCUCUCAUGUCAGAGAAAUGUUGGCCGCAUGUAAGUGUUAACAACGGUAUUUCCUGCAUAUUCCAAUUAAAUUGUGUGUGUUUACAUGUGCUUUAAAAGGGAAAUGGUUUUAUACAAGCUUUAUUUCCUAUAAAUGUA